AUGAUCAGCCCGACAGCGCUCUUCCUGUGCGUCUACCACAUCGCCUUGGCAGUGUUGGGCUCCGUGUUUUUCGAAAACUUCUUGUUCAAGGACUUUGACAACAGUUUCAGUAUCGUCAAAAUAAUUUUCUGUUGUUCCUUCGUGUUGUGUCUCUCCCUCCUAUCCAUGUUGCUCUUUGAAAUUCUGGGCUUCCUCACGACAACAUUGAAGCUCUUCAUCUGGUACAUAGACAUCACCUCCUUGGUUUUGUUCAUUUACUUGAUUAUCCCCAUCAGUCUUAUUUAUACAUAUGUUACGUACGAAGAUGAAGAGGCGGCAAAUGGCCUUUUCAAGUUUAAUUAUUUUUACAAUGCAUUGACAAAAAUGAAAAAUAAAAAAAAUAUUUUACCUGAACAUGUUAAGGCAAAUUUUAUGAGAAGAUUACUUUACGUAAGUGAAGACUUAAUGAAACGAAUGGAAAACUACAACAGAAAAAUCAGAAAUAAAAACAAGCAGAAGAUUUUUCAAUUCAUUAUUGGUUGCUUGAUCAUAUUACCACUUAUCUGGUUCACUUUUUAUAAAAUUUCCAUGAUCACAUUGAAAAAUAAUAACGAUAUAUACGAUGAGUCUUCAGACUUAUAUAACAUUGGCAAUGUUUUACAGGAAAAGUUCAAUCUUAUCAACAAGGAGUUUUCAGAAGACUAUGAUACAAAUAAUGAGAAAAAUAAAAAUUCUUUUUUUUUUAAAAUCAUGAAAAAUUUACUAAUUUAUAUGUCUGUUACUGGCAUGACGUUGGUCAGUGCACUUUCUGCCUUCACCAGUUUGUACUCUCCCUACACCAACAUCAGCCUCUUUUUCUUUUUUGUCACCGUUAAAAAGGUUAAAAUUAUCGAAAAUAAAAUUAAGUUCGUAACAAAUGAGUUGUCCUUGAAGAAAAAGCUCCUUGUUUUGUAUGACCACCCGCAUUUAAUGCAGACAUUCUAUUGCAGAAAUACGGAGGAAUCUUCCACCCUCGAUGGGUCCCUCGCCAGAGGGGGAAGCCUCAUCAGUGAUCGCAUCGGAAGUGCUGCUUUUGGUUUGGAUAUCCCCGCGGACCAGGGUGCUACCUCUUCCCUCCACUCAUUGGACGGGAGCUUCCACCACAGCGCCACGGGACAUACAGACUCGUGCAGCGGAAAUGGUACAAGCACCCGUAGUAGGAAUAGUGCGAAUAUGGAUGGGGGGCUAUCCGACCAGUUGGCCACCAUAAUGUGUGACGAUUUGGUGGAGACCUCAACGGGGGAGGAGCCCCUCGGGGACAACCUUCACCAAAUACGCAAGAGCACAGGGCACGACGAAGUCGAGUACAUCGGAUGUAAACCCUUUAAAAAGUGCAACCUCUACCUUGCUUCACACAAAUCAAUCUACAAGGACAUAUACGAGACUUUCAUGAAAAAGGAAAAUGACUUUGACUUGGGAGGGACGCUUCCUGGCGGGGAUGACGACGAAGAGACCUGCAUAGGGGAGGAUAUCCGGAAGGACCUGCCAACCUUUGGGGGGGAAGACAACCUGCCAAACUCGUCAAAUUUGUCAAAUUUGUCGAAGCGUUAUAGCGCGCGCGAAAUGGCAACCCUACACAUGGGACAGUCCAGCCCCCGUUCCCCUUCAAGGGGGGAACAAACGGCAGCUGGAAGCCACACGCAUAGAGAAAAUGAAGAAUGUAGUGACUACCAUCCCAGGGAACAAGAACCUAACAGCAUUUUUAGCACUGCACAGAUGAACAAAAUGGGAAGUGCCAGCUCCUUGUACAAGAGAAGUAUCAAAUUGGGGAACUCCAUAGGGGAGAGGAAACAUGUCUAUUAUACGGGACACUUCCUCUUCUUCAAAACAACUGAGGGGGAUGAGAAGCAUCUGCAUUCGAGGCAGGACGAGGGGGAGAACGAAAUGGUGGAUUUGCAAAUGCGAAGGGAAGUGGGUCCAGAAGCGACGGCCUCCGCGGGGGAGGAAAAGAAGAAGAAGAAGCAAAAAGAACAGACAAAGCAGACGAAGGGGGCGGCCUUCCUAUCUCGGUUGAGGGGUAUCUGCUCAGUUCGACGAUUUUUCCAGCAAAGCGAGAUGCUGACGCAGGGGGAUACGAUGCAAGAUAUUGCAAAUGCUGAUAAGGGCGCUAACCAUGACGGCAGGGCCCCCAAGCAAAGGAGGCACAUCUCCGAGUUUCUCUCCACGAGUAUCGAACGGUCAUACAGAACGCUGAAGAGCGUGAAGGAUUUCUUCAAGCGAAAUAAAGCAAACGCAAAAAAAAAAAAAAAAAAAGAAAUCCUUAUGCAGGAUAUUAAGUCACUAGAAUAUAUGGCCAAAAAUCUAUACUUCCUCCUGGAUGACGUCAUAAAGGAACAGAUCAGAAUAAAUCAAAGUUCUUCCUUCACUGGUAUGUUACUCUACCUCCUGGGGAUACUCAUGUCAAUAUUAUGCGUAUAUAAAAUUACAAAAACCUGUUAUAUCAUUUACAUGGUAGAAAUUUACUACAGAUUUAUCUGUACAUACAGCAGUGGACAUGUUCUCAUGUUAUUUUAUGCAAAAAAUAUUAACAUCGAUUUUAUCAAUGACCUCAAGAAAGUUCUUCACAUUGUUCACAUCAACAUAAAUCUAGAAAAUUACGUCGUCUCCAUAACAUCAGUUUUAUUAUUAUGCUUUAUUUUUACAAAUCUUAAAUCCUUUAUGGAGAGAAUAAUUAAGCUGCGAUAUUCUGCCAAAUCUUCCCUUUAUUCAAAUCUAGCCAUUUUGCUCAUGUGUGAAAUUAUGGACUUGUAUUUUUCUGCUUACUGCAUCCAGCUCUUUGAUUACCUCCCUGCCAAGGAGAAGAUGAAAAUGCUUUACAUUUUUUUUAAUAACAAUCUCUUGGAUUUGUUCAAGCUUAAGUAUCACUUUGAUUUCGUCUACGUUAUUUCUCUCUUCAUUUCGCUCUUCCUCAUUCGCCUCCACCAUCAACACCGCUCCAGCCAGUUCCGCGAAAUAUGA